CCUCCUCUCUUUCUCUCUCUACCUACUACACUAACUGGGGAGGGAAGAAUAGUCCCUAUUUUUGGUAAAAUAAAUUAUUAAAAUAUUUGGUUGAACUUGCAAGAAGGAGCAUAUCAUCCAGACCUUUUUUGCCUUUCACUAGUCUUCCCUUCUCUCUCUCUCUCUCCCCUCCUUCUUGUGGUGUAUCAACUUUCAAUACAUUAUCCACUCUACUGUGUGCACAAAUCCAUGACUUCAUAUUCUUUAAGUGCCUAACAGGCAGCAUCGAGUGGUCGGUGAAGGAAGAAGUGAGCAUCACACUGCUGCUAUUGUCUGCAAGUGCAAAAGUUAACCAAACAAAGGGGGACCUUGAAGAAGUUGAGGAGGGAAAAGUGGAAUUUUUAUUUUUCUUUGUUGUUUCUUAUGGACUGGAAUUUGAAAGCACCUUCUUGGGAUUUGGUGGAUGUGGAUAAUAAGGCAACCUUAGCCAACAUGGAAAAAAUGGAGGAUCAGCAAAACAGGUUUGGAGUUUAUAGAAUGAAGGGGGAGUUUUCAGUUGACUUGAAGCUUGGGCAAGUGGGGAAUUCUGGCACUGACUCAGUACUAGGGAAGUCCAAAGAUGUUGUUGUUGCAACUGGUGGUGGAGUCUCCAAAGUUGCAUCCUCACCUUCAUCAGGGUCUUCUAAGAGAGCUAGAGCCAUUAACAACACAUCACUCACUGUUUCAUGCCUUGUGGAUGGGUGCAAUUCAGAUCUUAGCAAUUGUAGAGACUAUCAUAGGCGCCAUAAGGUGUGUGAACUCCACUCCAAGACCCCAGAAGUCACAAUUGGUGGCCUAAAGCAAAGGUUCUGCCAACAAUGUAGCAGGUUCCAUUCGCUAGAGCAAUUUGAUGAAAGAAAAAGAAGCUGCAGGAAACGUUUAGAUGGACACAACAGAAGGAGAAGAAAGCCUCAGCCAGAACCUCUUACGCGACCUGGUAGUUUUUUGUCCAAUUACCAAGGGACCCAGUUGCUACCCUUCUCAAGUCCACAUGUGUAUCCUUCCACUGCCAUGGUGAGCCCCUCUUGGAGUGGUGGGAUAGUCACUUCCUCUGCAGAAGCUAGGUUCUACAACCAACACCACCAAGUGCAUCAUUUGGUCGAAAAACAAGACCUUUUCCUGGGAUCUUCCCACAAGGAAGGGAAGCAAGUAGCAUUCUUACACAGCAACCACCAAACCCCACCACCUUUUCCACCUGCUUCGCUUCUCAGAACCGCCACCACCGCCACCACCACAACCCCUUUAACAUCCAAUAAUAGUAAUUCGGUGCAUGACUCUCCUUGUGCUCUCUCUCUUCUGUCAUCAUCACAGACGCACACUCAUGGGAACGCCUUGAAUCAAAUGGUGCAGCCUCCUUCCAUGUCCCUCAUGCAGCCCUUGGGCCUGAGCCUGCAGGAUAAUAACAGCCUUGAGUCCGUGAACCAUUGUUCGUCCAUGUAUAGCUUGGGCUCUGAUGGGUCCCAGUGCAAUGAAGCUCCUCAACUCUCUCCCUUUCAAUGGGAAUAGAUUCAUAUGUAUACUUUCUUUGUUCCUUAUUAUUACUAAUGGAUUCUUUCCCCCACAGACUAGUGGAAUUCUCAUUUACUCUCCCUUUAAUCGAGGCAAUGCCUAUGGACAAUUCAUCAUACUGUUUCUGUUUGUAUCUUCGGGGAAAGAAUAACUCGACAUUUUUACUUAUGAUUCGAAAUGGGAAUCGUAAAAGGAAAAUGUUGAUGCACGUAGCAUUUGAAAAUGUUUCAUAAUAAUUGAUGUUUUUACUUUUCAA